AUGAAAUCGAGAGCUUUGGACGUAAGCUACUCGCGGAAAAUGGACCUGACUACGCAGUUUGGGUUUAUCCUCGCUGUGAACUAUGUGAGACACCUCAUUCGUGGAGGUGUUGCAUGGUUCGCUAUGCCAUGCAACUCCUGGGUUUUCAUGUCGAGGGGAUCGACGAAAAGGUGCUUGCUGAGGGUAAAGGGUGCCACGCACCUGAAGUCUACAGCACUGGGCAACCGCUUGGCCCGCCGUCUUUGUUACCUGCUGGAGCUUUGCCACAAAUUGGGCAUCUUUUGGGUUAUCGAACAGCCGACUACUAGCCUCCUGUUCUUUUACCGUCCACUGCGGCGACUCAUGAAACGUCACGGUGCCAAACGUGUUGGGUGUUCUCUUGGAGCAUUGAAUGCCAACACAACCAAACCAGUUUUCUUGUGGGGAACAGUGCCAUUUCUGGGUGCCUUCAACAUCCGGCCCACUGCGUUGAGAAGGCACCAGCUCCAGAAGAUUCGCAACUUCCUCAAGCUGAACACCACCCACAUCUAUCAGGACAAAAGAGGUCGCACCCGUUGCGCUGGAGGGACUGACUUGAAGGCCACGCAGAGCUAUCCUGGACUUAUGGGUUUGAAGGUGGCAGAAGAAGUGAAGCGCCACGUGGAGCAACUUCCAGCCCAGCGCCGCCCUACCAAUGUGCAGGGGAUUUCUUUUGAGGAUUAUGGGGAUGACUCCAGCGAUUCUGGUCUGGAAUCCAUUCUCUAA